CUUCAGACGCAUUCAUGGUUCUCAAGCCAACGUGCUCUGCGUAACCCAGUAACUUUGACGCUCCUCAAUAGCCAUGACGCUCACUAUUGGAGCUUUGAACGUGUACCCGAUUAAAAGCUGCCGGGGUGUUGCUCUGCAGUCGGCCAUCCUCACAAAUGCCGGCCUUUUGUAUGACCGAGAAUGGAUGGUCGUUCGCGAAGACACCGGCAAGUUCAUUUCACAGCGUGAAAAGGAGGCGCUAGCACUUGUGGAGAUCUCCCUCCCACCGGAGGCUCUGACCCUGCCGCAGCCCCCCGGCAACACCGAGGCAGCCGCCGCCGCAGCAGCUCCCCUCCUCCCUCCGCAGCCCCCCGCAGGCGCUGUCAUGACGGUCACAGCUCCCGGCAUGCCGCCGCUCCAGGUGCCCCUGCAGCGCCGAGCCGAUUGCCAAAUCAGGCAGGUGACCGUGUGGGAGUGGACGGGUGCGGGUGCGGACGAGGGCGAGCAGGCGGCCGACUGGUUCAGCACCUACCUGGGGCUGCCGGCGCGGCUGGUGCGCUACCUGGGGAGCGGGGGCAGCAGGGGGGGCAGCGGGGCCGGCAACAGCAGCGGGGACAGCGGCAGCAGCGGCAGCAGCGGCAGGGGGGCGGCGGGGUCGCGGGGGCAGGAUGCGGUGGAGGGCAGCAAGGGCAGUGGCGGCGGUGGUGGUGAGGGCGGUGUGUUGCCGCUGGUUCGCACCACCGAGGCGGCCUAUGCGGUGGACUACGAGACGCGCUUCAGCGAUGGCUACCCCAUGCUGCUGGCCACGCAGGCUGCGCUGGCCGACCUGAACAGCCGGCUGACCGAGCCGCUGCCCAUGAACCGCUUCAGACCUAACAUUGAGGUUGCUGGCUCCGACCCCUGGGCGGAGGACGGCUGGCGGGACAUCGAGGUGCGCUGCUCCGAGGACGGACGCACGCUGCGGCUCACCUCCGUCAAACCCUGCGCCAGGUGCAAGAUGCCCACCAUCAAUCAGGCCACCGGGGAGGUGGGGGACGAGCCCAUGGACACACUGGGAGUCAUCAGGUCCGGCAAGCAGCUGGGUUGGAACACGGGCGGCAACAAGGCCUGGACGCACUGCGCGUUCUUUGGGUGGAACGUGGUGUCACGCGGCACGGGGGUGCUGCGAGUGGGGGAUGUGUUGACCCCCGUUAGCACGCAGAUGCACCCCGCGGCGCUCACACCCGCGAUGUGAGGAGGGGGAGAAGAAUAACCAAUGUGUUGAAUGAGAAUGGCAAAGAGGAG